GUCAACACGCCCAAAGCCCCUCCCACUACUCCGGAUUUUGUCUCCCCUAGCCCCCUUUGCAACACAAUGGCCUAAAAAUUGAAAAGACUUCCUACCCUCAUCUCGCCGACAUCAAGAUAGACUCGAUUCCUUAUGCAAGCUCAAUAUUGACUCAAGAUUAUCCCAUUCUCGGCCUAUCAGAAACCCCCGCAGCUCCCCAGAGAACACGAUUCGAUAGACCCCGCCUUAAAAGAUCAUCGGGGAAGCCUUGCAUUAAUACAUCAUGGCUAAAGAAAGCGACGUCCCUGCGGACCCUUUUACGCCUCGCAGGCCGCAAGAUCAGCCUCGUCGUCCUAUGUCCCACCACCCUGAGUUCGGCAAGCCGUCACCCAUUCGCCCAGUGCACCAUCAGAGUCACCAUCCUAGCAACCCUUUCAAUGUGCCUAGACCGAACCAGUCCCGUCCAGAGCAUCAUAGGCCUCAGCCACGGCCUCAGAACGCUGCUCACCAUGGUGCCUCCCAUUACCGUCCACCUACUACACCAGGUCCUGCCGGCAUAUCAACUCCCAGAAGAGAUGCAUUUGACCCAUUCAAGCCAGUUAGACCCUCCGCGUACAACAACAACCGUUUCUCCCGUCCAGUCAAUGAUGAAGCCGUGGAAAUUCGGCGUCCCGAGAAUUUCACCUUCAACACACCCCGAGCUCCCAAGACAUUCUUCGCAUCGAAGCCCUCUGCCAUUAAGAUGACGAACGCGUCGAAAAAUUUACAGAAUUUUGUGGAUCUGACUGGCGAGGGUGGUUUCACACCAAGUGUGCGGUCUCGUAACACGGGCUUUGGCUCGAUGGAUGUGAACGGCUAUGUCGACACGGCCAAGGCAAAUGAGAAUAUCAAGGCUCUCUUGGAGGGAGCCUUUGAGGAAGAGGAUGAGAAGCAACCCAAAUCGAAGAGCAAGAAGAAGAAGAGCAAGAAGGAUAAGAAGAAGAAAAAGGAAAAGAAGCAGAAGCAGGCGGAUGCGGAUAUUGAUGAUCUGGCUGCGCAACUAGGAAGCGUGACCGUGCAGGAGCCCAAGACUGCCGACGAAAGCGCGGAGGAGUCAGAUGUCGAGUCCGUCAAGUCCCCUGUGAAAGAGACUGUCAAAGAAGUUGUGGAUGUUAAGGAGGUCACGAAGGAGGAAGACGUCAGUGAAGCCGAAUCAGAGAAUGAGGAGGACGAUGAAGAAGAUGAGGAGGAAGAGGAAGAAGAUGAUGGAACAGUGGAAGGCUUGAAGGUGAAACUACUGCCUCACCAGCGGGAGGGUGUCAAUUGGAUGUGCGACAAGGAGACAGGUCGGAAGAGGACCAAGGGAGUGCUUCCCAAGGGCGGCAUAUUGGCAGACGACAUGGGUCUUGGAAAGACCGUUCAAGCUAUUGCUCUGAUGCUCUCCAACAGAAAACCCGCCGAUGGACUGAGGAGACCUUUAUCCGACGACGAGGAUGAGGACAGCGGCGAGGAAGAAGAGGACACUCGCAAACUCCCGCCCGGUUUGAGCAAGUCAACUUUGGUUGUCGCUCCCCUGGCGCUUAUCAAGCAGUGGGAGUCAGAAAUCAUGUCCAAGGUUGAAUCUUCUCAUAGGAUGCGCGUUUUGGUAUACCACGGCAAUGCACGGGCCAAAGCGACAGAUAAUCUGGAGGACUAUGAUGUGGUCAUUACCACGUACGGUACCUUGACUUCGGAACAUGGUGCUGUGGAUAAGAACAAGAAGAAAUCCGGCAUCUUCUCUGUCUAUUGGUAUCGAAUUAUCCUCGAUGAAGCGCACACCAUCAAGAACCGGAAUGCGAAAGCAACGCAGGCUUCCUGCGCUUUGAAUGCAGAGUACCGCUGGUGUCUUUCGGGAACGCCUAUGCAGAACAACCUGGACGAACUGCAAAGCUUGAUUAAAUUCCUCCGGAUCAAGCCGUUCAACGACUUGGCGGCCUGGAAGGAACAAAUCAUGAAGCCUAUAGCGAACGGCCGCGGAGGCCUCGCUAUCGAGCGUCUGCAGGUCUACUUGAAGGUCUUCAUGAAGCGCCGAACCAAGGACGUCUUGAAACAGAAUGCCAACCUCAAGCCCGGUGAGGACGGGAAAGAGAAGAAAUCAUCUGGCUUCCAGAUUGUCAAGCGAGAGGUUAUCAAGGUAGAAGCGGAUUUUAUGCCGGGAGAGAUGAACUUCUACCAACGCCUAGAGCAGCGCACGGAAAACAGUCUUGAGAAAAUGAUGGGUGGUGAAAAGGUCGACUACGCUGGGGCUUUGGUCCUGCUGCUGCGCCUUCGGCAAUCUUGCAAUCACCCGGAUUUGGUUAAGAGCGAUCUCGCCAAGGACAAGGACAUUCUUUUGCAAGGUGCACCCUCUAGCAGUCAGCAAGCGUCUGCUAAGAACGAUGAACUGGACAGUAUGGCGGACCUUUUCGGGGCGCUUAGUGUUGUCUCCAAGAAAUGCGACAUCUGCCAAAUGGCGCUCAGCAAAGAGGAAGUGUCUGGUGGCAAUAGCCGGUGUAAAGAAUGCGAAACUGCGUUGGAUACGGACUUGACGAAUACCGGCAGCAAGAAGAAGAAGGACGAUCAGAAGGUGUAUAUUGAUCUGACGGAGUCGCCCUCAACCCGCCGCUCAGAGGCACAGGUUGUCCGGUCCCGGAGGAACCGAAGAGUAGUCAUGGACAGUGACGACGAGGAUGAGGAGGAUGGCGAGUGGCUCGUCCCAGAAGAUCAACGCGGAAAGUCGAGUCUUGGAACAGCUGGUGGCACUGAUGAUGAAGACGCAGAGGGCGGUGGUGAAUGGAUCAAUUCGAGUGAUUCUGACACUGACUCUGAUGAUGAAGGACCUGAGUCGCCCUCUCGCAAGCCAACGAGCAUCAGGAGCCGAGGCCGCGAAGUGGAGUCUGAUGAUGACGAUAUCUACUUGAACCCUGGGGACGAUGAGGAUGCGGUCUUGCCGUCAACGAAAAUCCGGCACCUGAUGAAGAUCCUUAGGCGCGAGUCGUCGGAUUAUAAGUUCAUCGUCUUCUCGGUCUUUACGUCAAUGCUCGACAAGAUCGAACCGUUCUUGAAGCGCGCAGGAAUCGGAUACGCUAGAUAUGAUGGAGGCAUGCGGAAUGACCUCAGAGAGGCCAGUCUCAACAAGCUUCGGAACAACAGUGGCACGAGGGUCCUUCUCUGCAGUUUGCGUGCUGGUGCAUUGGGACUGAACUUGACUGCAGCAAGUCGGGUAGUCAUCCUAGAGCCAUUCUGGAAUCCUUUCGUCGAAGAGCAGGCCAUUGACCGAGUGCAUCGGCUCAAUCAGACGGUCGACGUCAAGAUCUACAAGAUGAUCAUCAAGGGCACCGUCGAGGAGCGUAUUCUCGACCUGCAAGAUCGCAAGCGGGAGCUGGCCAACGUGACCAUCGAGGGCAAGACCGCAGCGGCCAAGCUGACGAUGAAGGACAUGAUGGCUCUCUUUGGCAAGGAUGCAGAAGCACGCUACACAGGUGAUCGCAACCUUGACCUCGCCCAGACGACCAAGCUGUUGAGUUCCGGCACUGAUAGCCCGAGCUCUCCGUACCCCAGCGAGACUCGGGAAUCUUCAGCCCCUCGUGACCGAAACCGUCAGCAGGUGAAACGUUCGUCUCGCGAUGAAGACUCGGUGUAUGGAAGACGGUGGUAGCAUUGAAGACUGAUAACAUGGAAGACGGUGGUAAGCAUGGAAUACUGGUGUGCAUGGUGUGAUUUGGGGGAUGAGUGCAAUUGGGCGUUGGGAUGCGAAAGGACGGUCAAACCUUGGUUACUACAUCGUUCUAAUUUCGGGUUUUCUUUUCUUUUCCCAAUUCUUUUCUCACGAUGAGAACAUUUCGGGCGUUUAUCUGAUAUGAUCAUUUACCGGUCUACGAUUUGGUUACUGGCAGGUUGAAUGAACUGUUAUGCGUAUACAAAUAUCCAAUUGAACUUGACUCAUAUCUUUCAUU